GCCGCCCUGUCCCGCCCACAAAAUGGCGGCGGCCAGUUCGCCUCCAUUGCUCGGUACUCCCGGUCCCUGAGCCGACGCUGCCGGGGGAACAGGCAGCCCGGCGCGGUGUCCCUCGAUGGAACUGGGUCGGCUGGAGUACCUGCAGGCGCUCGUCACCGAGUUCCAGGUGACGGACAGCACAGAGGCCAAGGAGCAGGUGCUGGCGAACCUGGCCAACUUCGCCUACGAUCCCAGCAACUACGAGUAUCUCCGGCAGCUGCAGGUGCUGGACCUGUUCCUCGACAUGCUUACGGAGGACAACGAGAGCCUGGUGGAGUUUGCCAUGGGUGGUCUUUGCAACCUGUGCUUGGAUAAAACAAACAAAGAGUACAUCCUGGAGGCCAACGGGGUGGAGCCCAUCAUCAACUGCCUGUCCAGCUCCAACGAGGAGACCGUGGUGUCGGCUGUGACCACGCUGAUGUUCCUGACGACUCCGCGGUCGCGCGCGCAGACCACGGCACUGCCCGUGGUGGAGUGCAUGCUCCGCUUCUCGCUCUCGGCCAACACGCGCCUCAGUAACCUGGCAUCCAUCUUCCUGCAGGAUUACUGCAGCCCUCCGCAGGUGGAGGAGGCCAGGAACCUCAGCAAGCACACGGCAGUGGGCAUUCCUCUGCCCAAGGACUGAGCGGGGCUGUGGAGAGGGGAGCCUCCUGCUGUUGUCACUUUCUGCUCAGCAGGCCAAGAGCAGCAGUAGAGACGGGAGUUGGUCCCACCGCUGCCGGUGUUUAGUUAACAAACACGAUGGACACGGCAGCUGGGCCAAGCACACCGCUAAGCCUGCAAAUAUUUAAAAUAAAGCAGGUCAUGGCUGCACAUUGGAAAGUUCUUUGCCAAGUGCAGCUCGGCACCCAGCUUGCACAAGCAACCCUUCCCAGCAAUGAGGGGUGUUCUGCUCAGGUUAUUGGGCAGAAUUGUAUCCAGUCGGGUUCCUGGCUAGUUGUGCUACACCUCUCCCCUUCAGUGUGGGUGACAAGUGACACUAAGUGUCAGCUCAAGUCACUGAAAUGUCACAGAAAUGUAUUCCUCCUGCAGAGAAAGGAGUUUCCCUGCCCUGGCAGUUCACAGUCUCCAUCCCUGUGGCACUAGUUAUGCCAUCCUCUAAUCAUGGCCCAGGCAGCCAGCUCUGGAAUCACUACAUAGGGCAGGUUGUAGCUGCCCUGUAAAUGAAGUGGUAAGUUUGUCUUUUAUUACCACUGGUGAGAAAGGUGAAGUAAUUAAAAAAAAAAAAAAAGGAGGGGGACUCAUGGUAGUCUGGCUCAUGAGAACAGCUGUCUUGUAAAAGCUUCUGUUAAUAAAACAUUAACUUAA